AUGGAGUACUGUACAUUUCAUAAAGGUAAACGCAAGAUAUUGGAAAGCGAACCCGUCGAUGGUCGGAAAAAUGGUACUCUCCUUAACGAUUUUAACGCCAAAUGCAGCAAAUUAAUGUUCCAGAUUGACUGUGAACUUAACAAGCUUUAUGAGGAGGUCGUCUUUGAAGUAGCUGCAUUCACAAAGUCAUAUUGGGAAAACACGUUGCGACCACCUGGAAUACCAAUGGCAGUGGUCCGAUGCGAAACACUGGAUGGUUAUGAUUUCGAGAUGGCUUUAGUUAACGCUUUAAAGAUAAAACCAAUCUGUAUAUCACCAUCGCAGACAAUGCAGUUGUACGAUCUCCACGAAAUGCUUCGGAAAAUGGGGGAUAAAAAAUAUAUAAUGCUAAAGCAAGUGGAGUGUUUCACGGCAGGUCCAUACUUGGAUGGUUUAGUUUCAGUGCUCACUGAUUCAGAGUGGGAAAGGAAAAUUGUUUUGGUGGUAACAGUAGCUGUAGAUUUCAAUGUUAUUUUUACUCGCUUCUCGCAGGAAAGCUUCUGGAAAUUGACGCUUUACUGCUUUCAUAUGCCAACGCCAACUUAUGCCUUGCAAGCUAUAUGUGAAGCUAUUGCAAUCAAACCCAGUAACUAUAUGAUUGUCGAUGGUACAUUUCAUAAAGAACUUAGAGCAAGAUUUCUGAGGGAUAGCUUAUCAGUCUGUGAAGUGAAGAGAAUUCUCAAAGUUACGCUUCUACAUAAAUUGUUGGAAUGCGAAGAUUUUGGUAAUGAUAUAGCUGUUAAUAGCGGAAAUGUUGGGACAGAAGCUGUACUGGCAUCUUAUGAUACAUUUUUGUAUCUUUUACACGAGUUAACGACCGGUUUUCCAUAUCAUGCAGAAAAUGUGUAUGAGUUGCAUAGCUGGAUACAAUCGAAUCCGAAUUUUUUCGUUGAAAAAGGAGGACCAUAUUCAACAUGGAAGAGUAUUUGGGUAACAUGGAGUGUGGAGAAGAUGGUAGACUCUUUAUUAAAGCUGUGGAAUCCAGUCAAACGAAUAACCAAUUAUGGCAGUGAAGUGCAGAAAUUGCUUGUUGAUUUACGAGAAAUUGAUCAACGGAAAAUUGCACUGCAAAAGGAAGCCAUACCGGAACAUGAAACAGCAGUUGUUGGUAUUUGUAAGAAAAGACUGUCGCUUCAUGAAAUGCAGCAACGAAUGAGGGACAAAAUAGCUCUGAAGAAGCAUAUGGAUGUGAUGUCUCAUGAUCGGCAAAGAUUUAUUAGGCUACUCACACAGAUAAUGUCUAAAACGCUAAGAAUUUUCCAUAAAGUGCCUAGUCUGGAGAAAAAACUGCUUGUGGGGAAGCAGAACGUGAUGAAUUUGGUUAUUCCUUCUACUACAACGAAUUUGGAAAAAGCAUUUUUGCAACCAAAACUGCGUAAUGAACACCGAAGUGGAAUUCAAAUGGAUCUUUGCCUUGCUUACCGAUCUCUUCUCGAUCUUUCACUGGAAUGCAAGAACAUUCCAAUAUACCGUUGGCUAGCAAGAUUUCAGGAGUAUUUGGUGGAUUUGAAUGACACCAGUCCAGUGUUACGUCUUUUCCGAUGUGUCGGUGAAUUGGAAUUCAUGGGGAUUCUAAAGCCAGCUAGUGAUCGGAAUAGGGAUGAAGUCAAUAUUCUUUAUGUUCCUCAUACAGUUACCUAUUGA